CAAAACACAGAGCAGAAUUAGUAACAAAGCAUACAAAACCACCAAAGAACCCACAAAGCAAAAGCCAACAAUUUCCACAAGGGAAACUUCAUUAUAAAUAGGAAAAAAUUAUGAACAUUAUCCUUUAUCUAAAAUGUUAACACAAAACUGUACACAGCGUGCGCAACUUAAAGAUACAAGGACGAAAGUGUUCAUAAUUAAAGCCAGAAAACCAGACUUGAACACAAAGUGUUGAAGCAUAUAAAGGACCGGACCAGUUGUCAAUUGUUUUCACAACAGCAAAAACACGAAAAGACCUAAACCGGAAAUAAAUUUCAAACACACCUAAACCAAACACACUUAGGAAUAGAAACUAAACCACCUGACGACGUAAAUUAGUUUUAAUAAAUUUAAUUAGUAUUGUUCCGCUGCUGCGUUUAUCAAAACCAUAAUCAAAAUGCGUUUGCCUUAUCGUAAUAAGAAGAUUACCCUAUGGGUGAUGUUGGCCAUUGUUGUUGUCACAAUGUUCGUGUUCAAGUUCACUGAGCUGCGUCCUACAUGCUUCUUCAGGGAUGAAACACAGGACAAUUCACUCAUGGCAAGAGAAGAGAAAUAUGUUAUUGGCGAAAAUCAAAAAAUGUAUUCAUACAACCGAGAUAUGCCGUUAAUAUUUAUUGGUGGCGUACCAAGGUCAGGAACAACGUUAAUGCGUGCCAUGUUAGAUGCGCAUCCGGAUGUAAGAUGCGGUCAGGAGACGCGUGUAAUACCGCGUAUACUACAGUUGCGUUCGCACUGGAUGAAAUCUGAAAAAGAAUCACUGCGCUUACAAGAGGCAGGCAUAACAAAGGAAGUACUUAACAGUGCGAUAGCACAGUUUUCACUGGAAAUCAUUGCAAAACACGGUGAACCGGCGGCACGCCUUUGCAACAAAGAUCCGCUGACGCUCAAAAUGGGCUCCUAUGUGAUAGAAUUGUUUCCAAAUGCGAAAUUUCUUUUUAUGGUUCGCGAUGGACGUGCCACCGUACAUUCAAUCAUUUCGCGUAAAGUAACAAUAACAGGUUUUGAUCUUACAAGUUAUCGCCAGUGCAUGCAAAAAUGGAAUCAUGCUAUUGAAGUUAUGUACGACCAAUGCCAGGAUAUUGGUAAAGAGCGCUGCAUGAUGGUCUACUAUGAACAACUUGUAUUACAUCCAGAAGAAUGGAUGAGAAAAAUAUUAAAAUUUUUAGAUGUGCCAUGGAAUGAUUCUGUACUUCAUCAUGAAGAAUUCAUAAAUAAACCAAAUGGAGUGCCAUUGUCCAAAGUUGAGCGCUCAUCAGAUCAAGUGAUUAAGCCUGUAAACCUUGAAGCUCUUACAAAGUGGGUAGGACAGAUACCAGAUGAUGUGGUUCGUGAUAUGCCAGAUUUAGCGCCUAUGUUAUCGAAGUUGAACUACGAUCCUUACUCCAAUCCACCAGAAUAUGGUAAGCCAGAUGCUUGGGUUGAGGAUAAUACGUCAAAGGUAAAAGCCAACAAAAAGCUUUGGGAGAAUAAAGCAAAAGAAGUGUUACGAAUACUACCUCACGACAUUAAAGAAACUAAGUCGGACGAGGAUAAUGUCAAUGAUCCAUUUGCGCUUGCUCCUGACAACAACAAUAACAAUGACCUGCAACAACAAGUCGAUUAUGACGAUAGCAAUAAUGUUAACAAUAACAGAAAAAUAUCGAAGAAAAAGCAAAAGGAUAUAGUCAAUAUAAAACAGCUCAACAAAAUCAACAACUACAACAAUGAAAGCUACAAUCACCACCCACACAAUCAUAAUAAUGCCAACAAUGACAAUGCCAAUUCAAUAAGAGAACGAACAUGAUACACGCAACAACAAUACCAACAACAACAACAACGCAAACAUCAACAAGGACUGCACCAUAACCACAAACAGCAUCAGCAGCAACAACAACAGCAACAGAACGUACCAAUACC